AUGCAGUGGUGGCACAACAUGAAGAAGUUUGAGCAACCUGAUUUCUCAGUUAUCUCUUGGGAUUCCUCUUCGAUUGGAACAGCCACAGUGGCUGGCCCCAGGACAAGUGCAAUAAUUGGAGAUCAGGGAACACCACCGAAGGUCCAGCUCCCCCUCAAUAUCUACCUAGCCCUGUAUGCCUACAAGCCUCAGAAGAAUGAUGAGCUGGAGCUUCGCAAAGGUGAGAUGUACCGAGUCAUUGAGAAAUGCCAGGACGGCUGGUUCAAGGGGACGUCUCUGAGGAGUGGGAUGUCUGGUGUCUUCCCGGGCAACUAUGUGACACCUGUUUCAAGGGUGCCAGUGGGAGCUGGGCAGCCCAGAAACAGUGCAGCCGGGGGAGCUUCAGCAACAAAAGGAGCCCCAGGAGCCAUCCACCCCAUCGGGGCUGCUCACACCAAUGCCACCACAGCCGUCAGACCCGUUGUUCCCAUCACUGUGCCUCAGACACAUCCCCAGCUACAGGCCGCCUCUCCGCAGCUGAAUAACUGCUUGAGGUACUCUGCUCAGCAGCCAGCCAGCCAGGCCCGCAACGCCAUGCAGAUGGGCUUCACCCUUUCGCCCAGCGGUUUCCAGCACCACGACAGUCGCUCGCAGCACCUGGGCCGUCAAAUUUGCAACGGCACAGAAAGACAUCAUAGCAGGGUCUUGGCCAUCAAAAACAAUGGCCAAGCCAGAAGCUGUCUGCCUCAGAAGAAGGCAGAUGUAGAAGAAGACGCCAGCAUUACCACCCCUGGGGUGGUAGAUACGGGCACGAAGGAGAAGAAGAGUGGGCUGCUGAAACUUCUAGCAGGAGCAUCAACAAAAAAGAAGUCGCGCUCCCCACCUUCCGUGUCCCCCACGCACGAUGCCCAGGCAGCCAUUGAAGGAGUCCUGCAAGGGGCGGUGGGACCUGAGCUCUCCUCCCUCUCCAGCCACGGCAGGGCUGGCUCAUGCCCUAUCGAGAGUGAAAUGCAAGGAGCCAUGGGGCUGGAGCCUCUGCACAGGAAAACAGGCUCCUUGGAUUUGAAUUUUUCCAUCCCUUCUCCUGCCAGGCAGCCCCUCUCUUCCAUGGCAGCUGUUCGGCCAGAGCCCAAGCCUUUGCCCCGGGAAAGGUACCGCGUUGUAGUCCCGUACCCGCCGCAGAGCGAGGCCGAGAUUGAACUGAAGGAAGGUGACAUUGUGUUUGUGCACAAGAAACGGGAAGAUGGCUGGUACAAAGGGACACUGCAGAGGAACGGCAGGACGGGCCUCUUCCCUGGGAGCUUUGUCGAGAGCUUCUGAGGAUGGCUCGCCACUCUCUCAACUGGAGGAGCUUUCAGGGGAAACUGCAUAGCACAAGAAGAGACAGCAAAGGGAAACUGGACUGAUAACCACUGCCAUUUCUAUUUCCAAAGACUCCCCCAGGCCCUUCAGUCUACAGCUCUGGAGAAGCAGUGUCCUGCUGUGCUCCCGAAACCAGUGGUAUGUUGAAGUAGUGCCUUCCACCUGGAAUCACAGACUGAAAGGAUGCCCAUCUGGACUGUACAUAUCCUAAACUCUGGCUGUUAACCCUUUGUGUAAAUUAUAGAGAAGAUAUCUUUAAAAA